UAUAUUUCGUCAGCGGUUUGUUAUUGAGUUUCGUCUGACUUUAACAACAGUUAUGUUGACAAGAACUGCAGUAUUCGUAUUUUUGCUGUUACACGAAUUUUCUCUAAGUGAACAGGAUAGGAAAGUGACGCCAGAAGAAGAGUUAAAGGAAAUCGAAAAAUUGGUUAAUGGGAUGGCUAACAUGGAAUUCCACGAAUCUGGAGGGAAAGACGGAAUGUUUGAGGAAGAAAUUGACGAAAUUAUGUUGGAUGGUCUCCAAAAUCAUGAACAUGAAGAGAUUGUUAGAAAAAUGUUUGACUCCGAGAAGGUCGAAACCACAGAAGAUAAGAAUGUAGACACAGGAGAUAAAAGGGGUGACCCAGAGGAUCAUGAUAAUAAAGCCACCAGAAAUGGUAUCACUGUAGAACAGAAUCUUGCUGGGAUGCCUCACUUUUAUGGGGAAAUGGUUGAGGUCACAAAAAAAACUUUCACGAUCAAACUGUCUCAUGAUACACUUCCGUCAGGUAUUCCGUUUUACGAGUUUGUCGUGUUAAGGUUAAACACGGACUCCGAAGGUUAUCCAAGACUUCCUAGGGAAGAUUCACAUUCGUGGCAGACUUUCAUUCCAUACACAAAGGAACCAACUCCUGGCCAUCCUUACAUCGCUGCUCGAUUUGCUCGAGAAGAUUUGCCCAGGAAAUUCACAGUUGGAGACAAUCUGCAUUACGGAGGAUCCUUCAACGGGCAAUUAACGCCAGGGAGUUUCUUUGUUUUAUUCCUUCGGGGCACAGUAAGAGAUGGCAAUGCUUUAAGUCACCGUAUCUCCAACUACAUUUCAACAUUGACUGAGCCGGAUACAGCAAAUUUUUUUCAUACGGAAAUGGAGCCUAAAUCGAAAAUCACGAAAUUCGGCAUAGGACUUCUUGCUGGCAUAAUCCUGACCACGGUGAUAUUGCUGGAGUUAGUCAGACGAAGAAAAUAUAAGAAUUAUAAGAGAGCUAGAGUGUCGGAUGAAGAUAGUGAAUACUCUGAAAAUGAAGAAAUAUCCGUAAUACGAUCUCUAUCUUCGUGUGAGAAGCGUAAAAAGUCAGCCCAGCAUAACUCAAUCGAGGAGAAAAUACAAAAUGCUCCUAAGGUUGUCACUAAAAAUGAAGAGAAAAGCACUUCUUCUAAAUCAACCAAAGAUACCGAAACCGUCAAAAAGAUUCCUUCAAGAGUGUGA